AGUCGUGGUGCAGCGGGCGCCGCGCGCGGACGCACCAGGUGAGCGCGUCUCCCCCUCCUCACAACCCCCGGCGCCUCUUCGGAUUUGUAACGCGUCGUUUUCUUUCGUCAACGCGCUUCACUUGCUGAUUUCCUGUGGCUGUGAGCGGAAGCAGCUAAUCGUCUUUGAUUUGAUGCCAACAGGGUUGUGAAUGUCAAGUCACGCCAUCCGGCAAUAGCUGCGAGCGCCAUCGUUAAUGUGUCUGGGGCAGUUUCGAGUCUACUGAUCGUACUGAAACUCGUUUAGUUUGAUCGCUCCUGAGGACAAACCUGCGAAAAAGUUACGCCCUUUCCUUGCAGGUCAGCGCUCGAGACUCGUGCAUUUGCGGACCAUGAACGACUCACCUGUUGUUGCCAACGGCUUGGUCUGAACAGGAAUCGCCUAGCGGGAUCACCAAGAUCUCGAGAGGGGCUCACGCGCGGCGCCGCAGCCAGUGCCUGGUGCUCCACGGCCGACAGCCGACAGCGCCUUCUCGCAACUUGGAGCGGCAUUCGAGUGUUGUCCAGACCUGCUCCUACUAGGCAGUAUGCCGAACUAACGGAUUACAAGUGGUACACUCAAGUAGUUGCUCUCCAUUUGGGCAUCCAACCUCCCAGCUCUUAUCCUCUGCCUUGUGUCACUGUAUAUUAAUGAUAAUCCAUUCACCCUUGAUAAAAUGGCAAGACUGGAAAUUCCGAGUAUAGUGGUACAUAACGGCUCAAAUAGUGCACCCGGAAGUCCAAAAAUGCGAGCGCAGCGUACAUUAUCGAGACAGGCGGAAGUGGAAGAGUUGGAUGAUGAACAAAAUCCUACACCCAGUGAGGAGAGCCUGGGAGCAGAAAAGUCCGUUCCUGAAACAGCAGAAGAAACACCACCUCCGUCCAGAUCAAGAGCAAAUUCGAAAGUCAAGCUGCUGGUCCGAAGUCACGCACUCCGAGAAGAGGCGUCGCCGCCUCCAGAUCCUGAUGCACAGCACGAAGGAGAAGGAGAAGAAGAAGAAGAGGAGGAGGAGGAGGAGGAGGAGGGGCAGGAGGAGGCGGGCGCUGAGCCGCAGCCGCAGCCGCAGGUAGAGGCAGAAGCGGCGGGGGAGAGCGAAUCGGCGGCCGCCGCGACGCCGGAGGGGCAGCAGGAGGCCGCCGACCUGCCCGCGCAGCAGGCCAGCCUCAGCGUGGCGCGCCCCGCCUCCAGGCACAAGGUGCGCCGCCAGGGCAGCAACGACGGCUCCUCGCCCUCGCUCUCCAGAGGCAGCAGCAACGAGUAUACAGACAGCACUGGCGUGGAUUUGCAGCAGUUCAUAAGGGAAACACUGAACAAGAAUCAUAAGGAUAGAAUGUUACUUCUGAAAAUCGAGCAUGAAAUGUUGAAUCUCACCAGAGACAACAAGCGCACACAUCAUAAAUUUCCACCCAUGUCAUCCUAUCAGAGAAUGCUUGUACACAGAGUUGCUGCUUAUUUUGGGAUGGAACAUAAUGUAGACCCUACAGGAUGCAGUGUAAUUGUCAAUAAAACCAAAAGUACCAGAGUUCCUGAGAUGAAAUUCCGAGAGCAUUUACGUGAGGACUUACUUUUCCCUGAGGAACCAAGAAGGUCAAUCCUAAAGAGGGAUUCCAACUCAUUUGAAGAUUGUAACAGCAUGAAGUCUCCCGAGAGGCAGUUUAGCUCUGAAUCACGUCGCAGUAAGAGUUUUGAAGAAAGGGAAGAAGAAUACGAAAAAGCAAGGAAAAGGAUAUUUCACACUAAUAAUUCAUCUCUGAGAAGCAGUCAAGAGGAUUUCCCUUGGCCCAGUGAUAUCCAGCAGUGGAGCAGUUCAGAUAGUGGCACAUCUAACCAGCUUCGUGCAAAUCUACUUCAUGAAAGGGAUAGGAGGCAUACAAGACUUCUGAAGGUGGAAUCUUUUGAAGGAAGAGAUACACUGAAGGCUAAUUCCUUACGGCUGGCUGUGUCAAAGUCAUACAGUUUUGGUGGCUAUCCAGUGUCUGUCACAGUUGGUGAAGACAGUCAGUUCAACAGUUCCAGCUCCAGAUUAUUAACUAAGCAAGAUUCAGGAAGCAGUAGUAUGUCUUCUCGCCUAAGCCCAUCAAGUUCAGGUUACAAGUCACAGUCACAGCGCUCCGAUGCAACACUGUCAGCAACACCUUCUCCAACAGCCACUCCAGCUGCACAAUUCACUUCAGUUGCUUCACCAGUAAAUGCCUGUCUGUGUAUUCCAGUGGUAGAGUACUCGGAAAUAUUUAAAAAGACAGAACCACCUGCGCCACAACCACAAAAUGUCCUAGAAGAUCCAACUGCAGAGCCUGUGAUGUGGGCAGUCAGUGACUUGUCAUCCAUUCCACCAGGAAGCAUUCUAAUAAAUCAUCAGACCCUUGAGGCUUACACAAACCCUGAUGGGUCUCUGUAUCGAUUUGAUCCUCAACAUCCUCCAAAAGUUGUAAGAGAAGACCACAGUGUGAAACUUAGCCGAGGAACUUCACCAGAACCAGAAGCUGAUAAUCAAACAGACAAGGACCCAGAUAAGAAAUCUGAGAGCAGUACAACAGAAAAUGAGCAGCCACCAAAGCAUUCCUCACCAGUUCUUAGAACAACUGCUACAUCUCCAUCCUUGCCCGAGACAUCUUCAGCAGAUCAUAGUCCUGCAACUACAGCAACUACAGCAACUACAGCAACUACAACUGAACAGCAGCUCCCCACACCUCCAUCAAAUGUUGUGUCUGUAUCUCAGACUUCAACAUCAACCCAGCCUCAGUUCAUGGCAGUGUGUCACUCCGGCCCAUGUCCUUAUGUGACAGUGCAGCCUGACCAGCCUCUAUUCUUCCCCAACACACCACAGUUUCUACAGCCUGUGGGAAUGCAGCCAGGAGAAGUCUAUGGAACUCCAGCAGCAAAUCAAAAUGUGACGCCUUGUCCCUUGCAAUCAUCUCCAUUGAUUUACACUAGUUAUCCUGUUCCAGUUCCUGGAGGUGCCUCAGGAGUUAAUGCAGUUUAUGAUACAAGGCUGUUAGACGGAGGCCCAGUCACUGAGCUUCACCCUGGAAUGCUGGGUUUAAGUUUAUCAGAUCAAAGACCAAAUGGUGAUUCAACACAGCAGGCUCCAUUGUCAACACAUGGCCACACCUAUCAAGCACCAAAUUCUUAUUGGCAGCAGCAGUUACCUGGUCCCUUUCAGCCAACAGCCCAGGCAGUGUCAAGUAUGCCACUGUUUUACAUACCGUCUUCCCCAGCAAAUAACAUAAUAAGUUCAUCACUGCCACAUCAUGGGACCUUGGCAACAUCUGGCAAUGGCUCUCAUCGAUUCAUGACUUAUCCUGCUGUUCAGCCAUUUACAUCUAACCAUCAACAAUCAACAAUCUCCAGCUUGAAUGCUACGGGACCAACAGCAGAUAGUUCUCAGACAUCUACAGCAAGCUGCCCUGUUGUAAAUUAUGGAUCGGUGCCAGCAUCAGGAGCAGUGGACACUGUUUCAUUGUGCACACAGCCUGCAAUGCACAUGCUGUAUACGAGUCCACCAUUGAACCCCCUGAAUACUGUGACAUCUGGUGGAACACAUGUGGCGAGUACAGCAGGAAUGCCAUACUAUGCGUCUGCACCAUCAGUUGCUGUGCCAUCAUUCAUUUCAAGUGGCCAAGCUACUUUCCACACUCCAACUCCACCAGGCACACCUCCUCAAAAUCAGGGAAUGUGUAAUGUUGCUGCAUCACCAUUUUUUUAUCUGAGUGGUGCUCCAAGCUACACACCACUUCAACAGGCUCCAGGACUGACACAUAUGACUCAUCCACCUGCUCCUGCAUCUGGGUCUAUUGCACCUAAUGGGCCCUACCUUUCUCCCAUGAUGCCAAACAUGGGAAUAUUUCGACCAAACAUGCAGAUGAGUUCACCUCCAAGGCCGAUCCGUGACUCUGUGCCUGUAAGGGGCCCAUUGUGCCGUGGUCCUGCCCCCAAGGAGCGCACUGCCACUGACAAGUCUCCUGCCAUGCACUACCCAACUGUUCCAGUUUUUGGAGUCCGUUUUGUACCUGGAGUAGUCAGGGGCUCCUGUCCGUCCGCUAUGCGCAUGCCACUCACUGGCAGUAACAUUGCUCACCGCCUGCCGGCCCCCAACGUUCAGCGAAAUCCGUCAGAAGGCUCACCUAACUCUGGCACACGGGUGCAAAAACCACGAAAGCAACGAUAGGGUCAUUUAUGUGGCCUACAGUAUGAAGCUCACGUCCUGAAGAACUCUUUUUUGUGAAGAGUUCUGUCUUUUAUGAAUAUGAGUUGUUACAAGAGAAGAAAGAACAUAAAAUUUUCUACUAUAACACUAAAGCACAAACUAUGUCUGUGGAAUGCCAUUGUAGAUUCAGAGUCCAGGAAGACAGUAAUGAUUAUGUGUGUGUGUGUGUGUGUGUGUGUGUGUGUGUGUGUGUGUGUGUGUGAGUGUGUGUGAGUGUGUGUGAGUGUGUGUGUUUUGUAAGUGACCAUGUGCAUUUGAGUGGAAGAAAAGAGAGAGAACUUCAAUGUUCAGAUCACAAUUUAAAGAAAAUAUCAUUUAUUUACCCUGUUCUGUUAAAAGUGUAUUUGAAUAUGUACAUCGUGAAGAUUUUAUUGUACAUACAUAGAAGUUAAAUAUAAUUAUUGUACUUUUU